CACACUGUCGUGGGCAAGAAUUUUCAAAUAUAUAUAUGAAAGAUUUGAUUGGAUAUGUAAAACCAAAUGGCAAUGCUCUUGAGCCUGAGAGUAACCACAGGAUUCUCUUUCCAAAGUUGCAGAAAAAUGAGUGUAAAUCCCACUUUCAGCGGCCAAAAGAGUCGCAUAGCCUCCGCCGCAUCCUCCCAGAAUAUUGAUAGAAAGCUACCCAUAUUGCUUUUUGAUAUCAUGGACACCAUUGUUCGAGACCCUUUUUACCACGACGUCCCUCCCUUCUUUGGAAUGUCUUUUGAGGAACUGAUAGAAAGUAAGCACCCAACUGCGUGGAUUGAGUUUGAAAAGGGGAUGAUUGAUGAGAUGCAGCUGUCCAAAAAGUUCUUCAAAGAUGGAAGAUCUUUUGAUUUGGAAGGGCUUAAAAAUUGUAUGAGGAGAGGAUAUUCCUACAUAGAUGGUGUUGCAGAGUUGCUUUAUGAUUUAAAACAAAAUAACUAUGAGAUGCAUGCUUUUACAAAUUAUCCCAUCUGGUAUGAUGAAAUAGAUUUAUCAUAUUAUCGCUUACGUGCUGAAAUGGCUCAUCAUCCUCUUCAGAUUGUGAUUUAUAGGUAUAAAAUGAUUGAGGAGAAGUUAAAUAUCUCAACGUACUUAUCCUGGACAUUUUGUUCGUGUAUAUAUGGAAAGAGGAAGCCUGAUCUUGAUUUCUAUCUGGAAGUGCUUAGACAUCUUAAUGUUGAUCCAACAAGUUGUAUUUUCGUUGAUGACAGGUUGACAAAUGUAAAGGCUGCAACUGAAGUUGGAAUUGUUGGCCUUCAUUUUAAAAGUGCAAAUAUGCUGCGUGAAGAUCUUUCUCGGAUAGGGAUUAACAUUUCAGCGGAUGAACAUCACAAAAACUAAAGCAUACAGAACACACAUCUUGAUCUCUAAUUUCAUUAACGGUCUUACGGUUACCCUUAUUGUUCCUGAAAUGAUCAGUGCAAUCCGGCCACUAAUUCAUGUUAUUAUUAGCAUUCUUUUUGCUAUAUAUGUCCUGGUUCAGGUUUAGAAACACUUUUCUUCCUGAUUUUGAUAAAAAAAAAAAAGGCACUGAUUUUGCAAGUUCAUUGAAUUUCUGCAUAAAUCUUUGAUUUCCUGGUAAAUUCCUUUUUUACAUGCCACUUUUCACCAUAUUACCCCGUUGGUUGUUGGUACUUAUUCAUUGAUCUGGAGAUUGAAACUGAGAACUCAAUGAGUUUCUUUCAAUGCUUUUCACUAUAGUUAUCUCACCAUAGCAGUCACACUCAUCAUCCAUAUAUUUAAUGUCAUAUGGUUCAAUUUUUGUUGGAUGCCAGAUUGUGUUUAGAGUUGGAGUACAAACCUUUUUAACAAAUAGAGUUGAAUGUUGAAUAAAGAUCCGUAUGGCUGAUUUUUAACUA